ACAAGAAACUGAUUCAUCAUUAAGCACUUGUCCUUCAGUUCAGAGUGAAACGUAACUCAACCGUAGAGCAUUGAGAAGCCGGUGUUUCUGAGACUACAAGAAGGUCCACUAUACAGUAAGAAUGAGAAAAAGGACCAGGAAGAAGUCAUAAUGAAGGUUCUAUGGUGUCUCUAUGUCAUCCUGCUCCUCCCCCUACUAACCUGCUCCAGCCAACCACAGUCCUAUCUACAGUGUGUCAAUGACUUCAUCAGUAACAUCACGUGUGUGUUGAACAACACAUGCAUACCCCCAGACAUGCCGUGCACUCUGCAUGGUGAAUACCCCGGGUUUAAAAGGCAAUGUGAGAUGAAGUCCUUGGCCGGUUUCAACACAACCUUGAGAGGCGGCAGUCUGGUCUUUGAGGGCAAUCCAUUCUUUUGGGAAGAGGAUAAAAUAUCCAUUGGUGUACGGUGUGGACAAGCAGAAGAUUAUGUGAUACAGAUUGAACACCUGUAUCAACCAUUUAACCACAUUAAAAUGCAUCCCCCUGGCAAGCCGACCAUCAUCAAUGCCUCAAUCGCCUGGACACCAGGAGCUCCCAUUUCAGAAAUGAUAUUCAACUAUGACUUCCAACUACAGUGGAAACAGAAACUACAUCACUGGGAGGAUGCUGUGGAGGUGAACAUAUCAAACAAACAGAUGUAUUUUGACCUGGACCCUGAGAUGCUGGAGAGAGGAAGGAGGUACCAGGUCAGAGUCCGGGUUCGAGCCGAUUACCCAGACUGUCAGUGGAGCGACUGGAGCCCCAGUGCAUCAUGGGUCUCCACUCUGGGCCAGAUGAAGCCAACAGGUAGUCCUGAUGUUCUAGACCAGGACUUUGUGAUGGUCACCGUGGUGGGAGCUGUUGUUGUACUAGUCCUGCUGGUCUCCAUGUUGCUCUGCAAAGGAAAGGUCAAGAAGAUUCUGAAUCCUCCUAUACCAGAUCCCUCCAGGUACUUUGAGGGCCUCAACCUCCAGCACGAUGGAAACUUCAAGGCUUGGCUGGGUCCUUUGUUCGCCUUUGAAGCCGUCGACUCUGCCUUGCACCGUGAAGACAUCUCCCAGGUAGAGAUUACCAACAACAUUGGCACCAUCGCCCCCCUGAGGAGGGAGACCGAUACUGCACUACUACUGAAGAAGAGAUUGGACAAUAGUGGCCGCUCCGGCUUCAGCAACUUCUUAUCUCAAUGCUCCCAGCCUGGAUCCACAUCCACCAAGUUGGAACCCUGCUCUGUACACUCCCCUUACGGACCAGUAGGUGGCACUACUGAAGAGAUAGAUGAGUGGAAGGAGGAGAACAGAGGAGAUAGGAUGGAUAGUAAUAGAGGUGUAGGGGGGAAGGACGAAGAUAUCAGGGGUGGAGGGAAGGAGGGAGAGAUGGGGGGUGGAGGGAAGGAGAGAGAGUUGGGGGGUGGAGGGAAGGAGAGAGAGAUGUGUGGUGAAGGGAAGGAUAGAGAGAUGUUGGGUGGAGGGAAGGAUAGAGAGCUGUAUGGUGGAAGUAUAUUUGGAGGCAUCAGUGGAGGUAAAGAUAUCGUCCAGGUUUCUUCUUACGAGCGUGUUGAGAAGCUCCAGGCCGAGCGUCGGGCCCUCAUAAGCCCAGAUUCAGGCAUCGGCAGUGGGGCAGAGGAUCAGGAAAGUCAGGAGAGCGUGGAGGAUGCGGUCGGGCCUAUUGCAUCCACCCCCCAUUUUGUCUCUCAGGACUUCCAUCUUGUUCCGCUUCUUCCUCUUAUCAAUAACAAUAACUUUACAUUCUGCUCCACCCCCUUACCCAUUUCCCUGUCCGCUUUCCCCCAGCAUCCCUUCACCCUACCUGGGUUGGAUAGUGUUGGGGGAAAGGGUACGGAGAUGGGGGUUGGAGGAGGUUCUCUCACAAUGUCUUCCUCCUAUGAACGUGUGGAUAAUCUGCAGCUCCAUGCCCAACUCUUGGCCCCUCAGAGACCAGAUUCAGACAUUGGCAGUGGGGGAGAGGAUCAGGAAAGCCAGGAGAGCGUGGGGGAUGAGGUCAGGCUAACUGUGACCCCCUGUAACCAUAUCCCUCUUAUUACCACUAACAAUAUAUUUCCAUUCUGUUCCACCCCCUUACCAAUCCCGCUGGAUGUUUUACCCCAACUACCCCUCACCUUCUCUGGGUUUGGGAUGGUUCCAUCCCUGGGACCCAGUACUAGUACCAGUCAUCAAGACAGGCUGUUGGAGAUAUCUCUCCUGUCUUCUUCAAUGGCAAUAGAGCCCUCUAGUGGAGGCUACAUGCCAGUGAAAGAAGCUCAGAACUGAACUAUGAAAACAUUUGACUAGGGAGGGACUAAUGAUUUAUAUAUACACUAGAUGCCUGACAGGCUGUUUUGAAGCCACCACUCCUCCAUCUUGGCACUCCCCCUCCAUUGUAAAAAAUACUUUGGAAGCUAUAGAAAUGCAUUUACUAAUGUCUACAUUUGUUUUUACCACAUGUAUUCUAUUACAGACACACUUUUUUUAAAGAACUAAUGUAACUGUCCCCACUACAACAACAAAAAAAGACUUACAAAUACGUCAUUUGGUCGUUGAAACGUUUCAAUGACAUACUGUAGAAUUCCAUCCAUUCCAAUAGAGCUCCACAGUGGAGGUGCUAUAAUACCCAUAAAACCUAGCGUUCAAACAGGGAAACGGUUCCAAUUGUUUUUCCACCAUUCAUUUUUCCCUUAAUGGAUUUUAGAAACACUUAAAAUAAGGCCUGUGGCCUCCUGAGUGACACAGUGGUCUAAAACUCUGCAUCGCAAGCUGUGUCAGAGCCCGGCUGUGAGCGGGAGCCCCAUAGGGCGACACACAAUUGGCCCAGGGUUUGGCCGGGGGGCUUUCCUAGGCUCAUCGCACUCUAACGACUCCUUGUGGCAGUGUUAAAGUGUUAAACAAAUCAAAAUAUAUUGUAGAUUCUUCAAAGUUGCCACCUUUUGCCUUGAUGACAGCUUUGCACACUCUGUGUUCUCUCAACCAGUU